AUGUUGUUUCUCUUAAUCUCUCGGCGAACUUAUUCCGCAGCUCUCAAUGCGCCCUUCUCUCGAUCCAAUUCCCAGAUAUCCCAUUUCGCCCGUACAGGCCAAAUCGAUAGAGCCCGUCAGGUUUUCGAUCAGCUGCGGGACAAAACAGUCGUGUCUUGGAAUGCAAUUGUGGCUGGCUACUUCCAGAACAACCAACCGAGGGAGGCUCGACAGCUGUUCGAUCAUAUGCCUGAGAGAAAUACGGUUUCUUGGAACGGCUUGAUUUCCGGUUACGUUAAGAAUGGGAUGACUGGGGAAGCUAGGGAAGCGUUCAACAAGAUGCCUGAGCGGAAUGUGCUUUCGUGGACUGCGAUGCUCAGAGGGUAUGUCCAGGAGGGUAUGAUCGAGGAGGCAGAACGUUUGUUUUCUCAGAUGCCUGUGAAGAAUGUUGUUUCUUGGACCGUUAUGAUAGGUGGGUUGAUUGAAGAUGGACGUGUUGACGAAGCCUUAAAGCUGUUUUAUGUGAUGCCCGUUAAGGAUGUCGUUGCGAGGACUAGUAUGAUUGGUGGGUUGUGUUCUGAAGGAAGGUUGAAGGAAGCAAGGGAGAUAUUUGAUGAGAUGCCUGAGAGAAAUGUCGUUGCUUGGACGACGAUGAUUAAUGGGUAUGUAAUCCAUAACAAGGUGGAUUUAGCUAGGAAACUGUUCGAAGUAAUGCCUGGUAAGAAUGAGGUGACAUGGACUGCAAUGUUGAUGGGAUACACGAGGAGUGGACGGAUUAAGGAAGCUGCAGAACUCUUUGACGCCAUGCCUGUCCAAUCAGCUCCUGCUUGUAAUGAAAUGAUUAUGGGUUUUGGACAGGAUGGUCAGGUGGCUGAAGCUAGAUGGGUAUUUGAUCAAAUGACAGAGAAAGAUGACGUGCCAUGGAGUUCAAUGAUCAAGGUCUACGAGAGAAAAGGUUUUGAACUGGAAGCACUUGGUCUGUUUCGGUUGAUGCAACUACAAGGAAUUAGACCAAACUUCCCGUCAAUGAUCAGUACUCUCUCCGUUUGUGGUAGUCUGGCAAUUCUAAAUCAUGGCAGAGAGGUGCAUGCACAGCUGGUGAGAUCCAUGUUCGAUUUUGAUGUUUAUGUCUGCUCAGUUUUAAUCACGAUGUAUAUAAAGUGUGGCGAUCUUGUGAAGGGUAAACUGGUAUUUGAUCGGUUUACGUUCAAAGAUACUGUUAUGUGGAAUUCUAUCAUUACUGGUUAUGCACAGCAUGGCCUUGGAAAGGAAGCAUUGCAGGUGUUCUAUGAUAUGGUAUCUUCAGGUGUACCUCCGGAUGAAGUCACCUUUAUUGGGGCCCUGUCAGCUUGUAGUUAUACUGGAAGGGUGAAAGAAGGAAUUGAAUUAUUCGAAUCGAUGAAAUCAAAGUAUCUGGUGAAUCCCAAAACUGAACAUUAUUCUUGUGUGGUUGAUCUACUUGGUCGAGCAGGAAAACUGAAUGAGGCAAUGAACUUAAUUCGCGACAUGUCGGUGGAAGCAGAUGCUUGUGUUUGGGGUGCUUUACUAGGCGCAUGUAGAAUCCAUAACAGGCUCGAUCUGGCUGAAGUUGUCGCAAAGAAACUUUCACUGAUUGAGCCUGAAAAUUCCGGGCAUCAUAUCCUGCUCUCAAAUAUUUAUUCAUCCCAAGGUAGAUGGAGAGACGUUGCGGCAUUGAGAAGUAACAUGCGUGUACAUUCAUUGUCGAAAUCACCUGGGUGUAGCUGGAUUGAAGUGGAGAAAAACGUUCAUGUCUUCACUGGAGGAGAUAUCAUGUCUCAUCCCGAGCAUGCAUUGAUAUUGAAGAUGGUUGAGAAAUUAGAUGGGGUCAUAAUAGAAGCUGGAUAUAGCCCCGAUGGUAGCUUUGUGUUGCAUGAUGUCGAGGAGGAGGAGAAGGUACAUAGCUUACGUCAUCACAGCGAGAAAUUGGCUGCAGCAUUUGGAAUCUUGAAGGUGCCAAAAGGUAUGCCUAUCAGGAUCAUGAAAAACCUCCGGGUAUGUGGUGAUUGCCACGCUGCUAUCAAGUUGAUAGCUAGAGUGACUGAGCGGGAGAUUGUGCUAAGAGAUGCCAAUAGAUUCCAUCAUUUUAAGGAUGGUUCAUGCUCUUGUGGGGACUACUGGUAA